GAAGAAUAUCAAAGCAUUCAAAAACCAAAACCAAACAAAUCAUGGCGUCAGGGCAACGAGAGGCAGAGAAAGCAGCCAAGGCCGAGAGAGCUGAGGCAGCGGCAAGGCUCGCGGCUGACGACUUGAGAGACGUCAACGAAGGAGGUGUAACGUAUAAGGUGACUGAGAAGACAACAACAACUGAGCAUCCUUCAACGGUGGAGGAAACUGAAAGACCCGGGAUUAUAGGCUCGGUGAUGAAGGCGGUGCAGGGGACUAAAGAUGCGGUGAUUGGUAAAAGCCACGAUGCGGCAGAGUCGACGAGAAGUGGAGCCGAGGUUGCGUCGGGGAAGGCAGCGGAGGUGAAAGACGCCACCGCUGAAAAGGCCGGAGAGGUUAAAGAUAGGACCGCUAAUAAGACAAAGGAGGCAGCAGAUUACACGGCGGAGAAGGCGAAAGAAGCCAAGGAUAAAACAGCUGAGAAGACAAAGGAAACUGCGGAUUACACGGCAGAGAAGGCAAAAGAAGGAAAAGACAAGACGGCUGGGAAGGUAGGCGAGUAUAAGGACUACACAGCAGAUAAGGCGAGAGAGGCGGCUGAGAAGGCAGGUGAGUACAAAGACUACACAGCAGAGAAGGCGAAAGAAGCCAAAGACAAAACAGCUGAGAAGACGAAGGAAACUGCGGACUACACGGCAGAGAAGGCAAGGGAAGCGAAAGACAAGACUGCUGAAAAGUUGGGUGAGUAUAAAGACUAUACGGCAGAAAAGGCAACGGAAGGGAAAGAUGCUGGAGUGAGUAAGAUUGGUGAACUGAAGGACAGUGCUGUGGAUACAGCGAAGAGGGCUAUGGGAUUCUUGUCUGGCAAGACAGAGGAAACAAAACAAAAAGCCGUCGAAACCAAAGACACUGCAAAGGAAAAAAUGAGCGAGGCAGGAGAAGAAGCAAGGAGGAAAAUGGAAGAGAUGAGACUCGAGGGUAAAGAACUCGAAGAAGAGGCUUCUAAGAAGACCCAAGAGAGAACCGAAUCAGCAGCUGAUAAAGCUCGCGAGACUAAGGACUCCGUCUCUCAAAGAGGUGAAGAAGGGAGAGGGACGGUAAGGGGUGCGUUAGGGAACAUGACUGGAGCCAUAAAGAGCAAGCUGACAGGAGCAACGCCCUCUGAUGAGGCUGGCUCAGGGAAGACGACUGUGACAGUUGACGUAGAAGAUACGAGGCCUGGACAAGUGGCGACGAAGCUGAAAGCGGCGGAUCAGAUGACUGGUCAAACUUUUAACGACGUUGGAGAGAUGGAUGAGGAGGAAAGGAAGGUGAAUGUCAAAGUGGGAGAUAAAGGGAAGCUGUAAUCAAACAAAACAAGAUGAAGAAGUUCUGCGGUUUAUAUAACUAAAUGCUUUGAUCUUUGUUUUUUGUGUGUCGUUAAUGUCUUUUGAUCUUGGUCUUGUAAAAUAAUAAAUAGUUUCUGUUUCUUA